AGCAUGCAGGCUGAAAACAGUUCAGUUCUUCUGACACUUGAACUUGAGGCUGUGAUGAGAGAAUGAAUGAACGUGGUCUCGAGUAGUUUAUCUACACUGUUCUACAAGCUACUGCCUGCUGAAUUAGUGAUCGCGACUGGUACAAACAAGAGAGAGCCGUGCUACUGCUGCUGAACACACACACAUACACAUGCACACGGCCAACAUGUGGUUGUCCCUUCGAGAGUGCGUGUUCGUCAUGCUCUUGCUUGACAUUGUCUGUGUCAACGGUGGUGAUGGCGUAGCUAGCAGCAGCAGUGACGUCAUGGUGCGUGUGUCGCAAUGGAGCUGGAAAGCAACAGGUGCAGGUCUGCACAGGAAACUGGCUAUAACGGCGGACCUGGACGUAGGUCAGUCAUCAUUGGCUCUGCUGCACACCAAGUCUCCACCACCGUCACCGGGUCAUGCGGAGGCAGGCAGGACAGGUAGCUCGGACAGCGGCGUCUUUGUCAGACUGCUCUUCACGAUUCCAAGCACCAUGUACAUGGAUAUGGACGAGCUGGCAGGCCUGGCACACUGGCAUGGCUUCACCGCCAGGACGAGAACUGCUAUCGACGUGGAAAAGCCAGCACAUGACUCCACCGAGCACCAAGUGGCCGUGUUCUUGCCAAUCGCGCAGUCAGCAUCACAACUUGACACCUCGGAGGCAUCAGCGACUGUGAACAUCACCCUGCCGAUUCACUUACGCUACCAGGCGCCUAGUUCUCACCACCAGUAUGCCAAUGCAACGAUUGCAGUGCCGGAGCUUCACUUGUUUGUGUCUGCACAGAACAUUGUUCUGCCGUUGUCCAGCGGCUGCAGUCGUGUUGAUAGCGCUGAUGUGUGGUCCAGCUUGGAUGGAAGUAAUGGUCUGCUGUGCCCAGUGUCCUUGAUGUCCCCUGACAACCAACAUGCUGCGGCCUCGAUCACGCUACAAGUGCCCGUUGGGAUUGCUCAGCACGAGAGCAUGGUUGCUGCUGCUACCGUCCUCGUCACCGGCGUGGUCUGUGUGCUGCUCGUGUGGAGGAUCUACGUGACAGCGGCUCAGACUACGCGUGCAGGAGCUCACGAACACCAUGACUAGGGCACCUGCAAUGCAGGUAGAUAUUGGUGCAAGCUCCAUCAAUGAUCCCGUUGACGAGUCACCUCCACUGUAGGGUUUUCCUAUGCUAGUAGAGAUGACACAACUUGUCUGCAUUCUGCACCGAAACAGUCCCUGCCAUACAUUGUAUGCUAGGGACUGUGCUGACUACGGGCAGACACGUGCUCAGACCCAUUUUACCAUGUUAGCUUCUGCUACGAGCUCUUUGAUGGUACCAGUGAUGAACUCAAUGGUAGACUACAAGCGGAAAGAGAAGUCGUGGUAGAGCUGCACUGCUGCUCAGAUAACCAGUGGACAUCAGUUACACCUGCUAGUUGCCUGAGCUUGCCACUGCAAACUCAGCUGUAUUGCGACAUUGAGCAGAGAGGGUUAGUAGAUCUACUGCAUCAUUCCGUUUCUAAUCGGCAGCAACUGGAUUCCAUCUCCACUGCUGGGUGGGUUUGGUAAGCACUUCAACUGCUGCCCCACACUGCAGGUCUUCACAAUACAACUAGCCCACCUGCACAGCGCACACCUACAUACCGGUAGUAUUGGGUAUGUGCACAAUACGGUGCUUGUAUAGCAUCAUCAUGACAUCACUAUGACAUGCUGGUGACAUCAUCGUUUUCAAGGAAUUUAUAUGUAUGUGCAGUAUGCACACUGAGUCAGUUCAGAGGGCAGAGAAGGGCUGCCCAGACUGCCGAAUGUGGUUCGACGUCUGCGUAAUCCUCUUCUGUCAGAAUACAAUGUACUUCUGCCCAAAAUUCGGCAGCAGUUUAAUCUUGCUUCUAAACAUGGCCAACCUACUUACUACUAUGAUGCAUUCAUUUUGUGAGUUGUUCUCUGCAGAAUUAUAUGUUUGAACUGCACAACAAAACAUUGGUCAGCCAGUUCAUUGGUCAGCCAGUUCAUUGGUCAGCCAGUUCAUUGGUCAGCCAGUUCAUUGGUCAGCCAGGUCAUUGGUCAGCCAGGUCAUUGGUCAGCCAGUGCAUUGGUCAGCCAGUGCAUUGGUCAGCCAGUGCAUUGGUCAGCCAGUGCAUUGGUCAGCCAGUGCAUUGGUCAGCCAGUGCAUUGGUCACUGAGCCAGUGCAUUGGUCAGCCAGUUCAUUGGUCAGCCAGUGCAUUAGCCAAUAUACGAUGACAUUGUCUUGCCCUCUGCUGCCCACUAUCCUUCCUUCCAGUCUCUGUUGGAGCCCUCCCAUGCUUUUGCCAUUUGCAGCAGGUCUGCAAGGAUGACAUUCAUGCUAGUGGCUGUGCCCACAAUGUACGAGCAUGUCGGUUUUAGCUCGCUUGUCUGCAAGAACAAUGCGGGUCCACCCUCGUGAGUCAGGGAAUCCUA